AGCGAGUGCCGCUGUUAGUUGCUGAAUCACUGUUUAUCGCCGAGACAUGUGACAUGCCUCAGUCUUUACAAGUUCAGGCGUCGCGGCAACCGCGGCCGCCAAACUUGUGCCCCGCCGCUAAGUCGCCUGGCCGCGGGCCAGUCUUCGAUGUGCUCCCGAGCGCUGCGGAGGCGCUAUGGCGGGAUCCUUUCGAAGAGCAUGCGAAGAGCACAGUGCGAAGUGGGAACCGAGGCGCAGGCACAUGCCACCGCACAGACGCGACGCGGCGUGCUUCUUUGCCUUUUCCUGCCACGCCUGCCGGCCACCCGGUCACAGCCGAGCGCAAGCCGGAGUCUGAGCGCAAGCACCACAUCUGGGUGUCUGGCUGGCGGCUGGCGCAGCAGCUGGCGGCCUUGCGGCAUCGCGGCGGGCUAUAUCUCUGGCUCGCUCGCCCCGAGUCUCGAACAUCCACACCAAGAAUGACGACCUGGAUCCAGUGUCCCGGCGACGCGUGGGGGAGCAACCGCGGGCACAAAUGCUGCCCCUUCAAACUACCAGACGGGCGCGUCAUCUGCCAGUUCUGUCGCCUCCAAGUGUAACCCGCCAUACCGCCUCCGACCCGACCUCGUAAUCUCGCGCCUAGACGCACGCGCAUACAAUGUAGCCCUUCUG